CCUCCAUGUUCUUGCGAGGACGAUCUUCUCUCCUUUUCAUUUCAUAGCUCCAGCCUCUUCGUUUUUACCAAGUAAAGAGGUGCAAAAUGCAGACGAAAACAUCAACAAAGACAAAUUGCAGAAGAGCUUCAAAGACCAAGAAUGGUCCUAAUCCACGAUCACGCUCAGGUUGUGUUACUUGCAAGGCAAAACAUACAAAAUGCGACGAAACAAGACCCGAGUGUCUGAGAUGUAUUCGCAAAGGCGUUAAAUGCGGUGGGUACUGGAAAGAGUUUAAAUGGUCCUUCAAACAUCAACCUGGCGAAGUAAACUUUGAGCUCGCGGCCCCGACCUCACCAACGUCUUCGCGAAGAAGUUCGACUAUGCAACCCGAGCCGUCAUUCGUAGCGACACCUUCUGCGGUAUUCGAUGUUCCGCUAGAUACACUUGCUCCAGCGCUGGCUGAGGAGUUGCCAAUUGAAGACAACACUUCAAUCCUUGGUGACGCGAGUUGGACGACGAGUUCUUGUACCGAGCCGGAUAAUGAUAUCUUUGCGCGGUCGAAUUCCAUCGUCGAAGAGAAUAUAAGCGACAUGACAGUCCAGAAUGUCGAAAUGACAUCUCAAGCUCUUACGCCGACGAAUGAAUCUCAAUACUUUGAAGGAACGCCGCUCACUGUUGGUCUCAUAACCGACACUUCAUCCCUCCUCAUCAGCAACUGGUUCGAACAAGUCUGUACAUUAUGGUCUGGUUUCGAUUCAGACUUUAACCUCAAUCGAAAACUCGCUCUUGAGCUAUGCACGAGUUCACAAUCUGUGUUUAGUUCGCUGCAGAGCAUGUCUGCUGGAUUCUUGUCUACGCGAUUACCGCACAUGAAGCAAUCGGCUAUGUAUUUCCUGCAAGCGGCCACCGGAUCAGUUCUUUCAGAGGCAGAAGAGAUUAUUCAGAACCCAGCUGUCGAUAACAUGCCCGCUGGUGCAUUAUUCUCACUAUUUUGCCUGGGAACCACGGUGUGUUGGGUUGAUGCGAGACAAUUAGGUCUACCAUUCUUCCGAUCAGCUCGCAAGAUCUUAAAUCGCCUCAACCGCCGUAUUUCAUCACUUUCAGCAAAGGACCUCGAACUUUUAUCCUUCUUCAACAGAAGCCUAACUUACUGUGAAAUGCUCCUCGCAGCAGUUAACCAAGACGACACAGCUCUCGACACCGAUGAUCCAGUCACAGGCCCUCAAACCGACUCCUCAAUGCAACUAGCCGAGCGAUACAUGGACAACUCACCACACCCGUGGACUGGCAUUUCCCCGCUCGCAUCUCAGCUCUUCGCGCAAGCGAUAAGACUCUGCCGAAGCUUCCGAAGAAAUCUGAAACUACCGAAAGAAACAGGGCGGGAUUUCCAGCGAGCUCUGGAGGAGAUCCAAGAGGCGCAGGGGUUGGAGGAGAAGCUUCUGGGGCUUGAGUUCCAGAAUACUCUUUGUGUUGCUAACACGGGAGAUUAUCGGACACCGUCGCUUCAUCUUGCGCAGGUCGCUGAGGCUUAUAAACUCGCUGCGUUGCUGCAGCUGUAUCAGACGUUCCCGGAUCUGGUGGCUUUGCGAUUACCGACUGAUUCUGUUCAUGCGAAUAGUCGACAUAUUCCUUGGGAGGAGUGGAUUAUUCCGUUGAGUCUCCGUCUUGUUAAUGUUUUGGAGCAUAUUCCGCCCAAUUCUGGCACACGCUGUAUCCAGCCUUUGCUGUACAUCACCGCGAGUACUGGCCUUCGCUACGAUACCACGACGAUGCUUGACAUUUCUACCUCUUCAUUCGAUACAGGCAUCGGCUCGUCAAACUUCCAGACGGAUCCCUUCUCUAUGGAUAUGCUAGGCACUUCACCGCCACCUGCCAACCUAAUUUCCCGCAUGUCCCUCGACAUUAGUAACGCUCGGCAUUUCAUCACCGGUCGGCUGAACAUGUUGGAGAGCAGUUUACCGCCGAAACCAGUCAUGAUGGCGAAGGAACUUAUCAAAGCGAUAUGGGAUGCUUAUGAUAGUGAAGCACCUGGGUCGGCUUCGGUGCAUUGGGUGGAUGUGAUGGAGGAUAACAACUUGAGAUCAAUGUUUGGUUAGGUGACUGUGAAUAAGAUUGUUUAUUGGAUCAAUGUUGGAGUUUAUAGGGGAGAUAUCACAGUAUGAGUUUAACUUGGGUUAUUGGCUUAAUUGAGAGCUUCAUAUAUGGAAGCAUUCUAAUCUAUCAGAUCCCGCUAUCCAAGCCCUUCCCAUCUAUAGAUCGCCCAUCUUUCUCGCACCAGUAUAAAACGCCAACCCUGUAUCCGGCGAAGAGAAAGUAAGCGUAGCGCCAUUGGGGAUAUAAAACACGUCCCCAGCCUUGGCCUCGACCUUUUGGCCCGUCGAGUCCUCGAUGACAAAGUUUCCCUCGAGGAUGAUCUUGCACUCGUCGUACUUGUAUGUGUAUGUGAGAGGCUCGCCCUUGUUGACACGGAAAAGACCCAUGGCCAGGGGCUUCUCGGCGCCUUCGGGCGUGGAGUGGAUGUCGCCGAUGAAGGUGUUUCCGCCUGAGAGAGGGGGGAUCUCGAAUUUGGAUUGGGCUUGGGCGAAGUGCUUGAAGGAGGCCAUUUUGAUAGUCUUUUGGAGAUUGACUUUUAAGGGUUCGUUUAGGUGAAGAGAUGGAAUGUUUGAGACAGAAGUAGAUUGCUUGAUGCUAG